AUGACGUGCGAGGGUGAUACCUCUGAGACCCAACCAUGCAAUAUCCAGCAAUGCCCAGGUAACGAAGAAUUCACCGUAAACAAAGAAUUCAACAAGAAAUCAUUGUAAACAAACUCAGAGAGUUUUGAAAGUGGUAAUAAGGAUAAGCUCCUUGGGAAUUCCUUUUUUGUUUUGCCUGCUGUGGUGGUUUUCUUGACAUUCUUGAUUUGUUGAACACACGCUUAUACAGUCAACACUCUCUCAAAGAAGACCUUUUCUGGAGAUUCCCUGCCCACAUUUCUGCGGGUAGUUCCACCGAUACUCUACCAACGGACACCCUUCUAAAACUUGCGUUGACAGCAUAUCAUGGCAUUGCAGUGACAGCUUAUCAUAUACUGGAGUGUAGUGAGAGCGUAUCAUUUGGGCUUCGUUUUGCCCCUUUGGAUCUCUCAACUAUCUAAGGCCGGAUAGAAGAAAACCCUAGAUAUUGUCAUACCAGACCUCUUUUUAGUCGUUCUUAUUCUUUUCCUUAUCUCUUUUUCCCCCUUUCUUCCUUUCUUUCUUUCUUUUUUUUUUUUUUGUAUGUUGAAGUUGAUGGAAACUGGUCGGCAUGGUCAACUUGGACCGCUUGCAGCAAAUCAUGUGAUGGUCAGAGAAGCAGAUCUCGUGAAUGCAACAACCCAAAACCAGCUCACGGUGGGGCGACUUGUGUAGGAGACACUACACAUAAUGAGGCCUGCAAUGUAGGGGUUUGUCCGGGUAAGUAGGUGUGGACUAUAAAGCCUAAGGCUUUUAAACAAACGUAAGACUUUCCGCGUAGAAAAUAAAGAAAACUGUCAGACACAUAACACAGAGCCUGUAGUUUAAUGAUAACAAUAAUAAAUUAAAGUUGUAAUGAGCCCUAAAAGUUAUUUCAUUUUUCUAUUCUUUGAAUGAUGUGCUCGAAACGUAAGUUAUUAUUCUUAUACAUAUGUAAGAGAGAGGCUUUUAGACAAUAAAUAUUGAAGGGGAAUUUCAUGAAAAAAAAAUAGCAAAUUGUCUGUAGCGCAGAGGGCACUUUUAACGUUCUGUGCUCUCUCCUUCUUUCAAGAUCCAGUCGAUGGAAAGUGGUCGUCGUGGGGGUCAUGGUCAUCUUGCAGCGCGCCGUGUAGCCCUGGCGGAACUCGGUCUCGAUCACGCACCUGCACAAAUCCAGCCCCUUCGCACGGUGGUCAAAACUGUAAAGGACAAUCACAUAUGACAGAGCAGUGCAAUACCCAAGCUUGUCCAGGUUAUAAUAUGCCCCCUUUAUUCUUUAGGCACGACAGCUUCUUGUGUGAAAACAGCAAGUUUGUGCAGGACUGACAUCCUUAUAAGCUUUUGAUCAAAGCUAGAAAGUGGACACACAACGUAGUUUAUGACGACUAUGGACAUUUCCAUCUCGCUGAAACCUUUAAUGCACCUCUAGAUGGUCAUUCCAGGGAUUAAUAUUUCAUGUUAUAUUACAUGUUGCUUUACUACGUCAAAGGGGCUGUGUCACGGCUAGUCUCCUUCGCAGCCGUUUUCAGGGGGGUCCGUGACUAGCCUAAAAACGGCUGCGAAGGAGACUAUGUCGCGGCUGUCUAGUUCAGUUUUGUCUUGUAUUGUCAAUAGAAUACUAAAGUGUGACGUCAUAAAAAUGAAAUUUCUGAAAUUAUGGGAUUUGUCAGGAUAUUCUGGGUCGACCCCCAAAAAAAUUAGAAGGGUUUGUACAAAGUUUUCUAAGCAUAACUGGGCUACGAUCUCAGAGACAAUUUGCCCCGAAAUGCUCAUUUUUGGCAAGUAGGCCUCUUGGACAUUGUUCUUUCAGAAUGUCCUGACAAAUUCCAUAAUUUCAGAAAUUUCAUUUUUAUGAUGUCAUCACUGUAGUGCUCUUUAGAGAGGAGAAAUCGUUACGUCAUGUUGCCAUGGUAGCAAAAUUUCUGGAUGACAUCAAACCGAAAACGUCACGUGAAUUUACACUGUUUCAGACUCCUUCGAUCUUAUUCAAUUUCAAUCAAUUUGUCGAAUGUUGGCAAAAUUUUCUGAGGUUAAAUCCGAAAGUACCGUAUUUAAGUUUAGAAAAAGGAAAAAAAGAAAAUUUUUGUGUUGUGUUCACCUACUUUAUAAACCGGGCUCAUUAAAUUAGUUUCACUUCGUAGUCGUGCAACGACGGCUAAGAAAUGUACAAAAAAACGUGAUGCACGUGCAAAGUUGUUGUUUUGUUAUCUAAACUUAUUGUUUUGUUGCCGUUCUCGUUGCUUAAGUUUCCUGUUGUUGUGAUCCAAAAAUUUUGCUACCAUGGUAACGUAACGUCAGACUUCUCUCUAUUACACGUCCUUAUUCGCAAUGGAACUUAAUUUUAGCAGAGAAAUUACUGGCAAAUGUCGAAAAUACAGCUUUAUGAUAAACAGUUAUGUCUCCCUUCUUGAAGAAAUUCAUCAGGCUACCUGUCGUUUCAAUCGCAUCAUCCACUUCAGCACAAACUUGCUGUCAUACGGACGUUAUUGGAAAGGAGUGACAGCAUUGUCACGGAAGAAGAAGACCGUAAACAAGAGGAAGAAGAACACACAAGAACAGCCCUCCAUACAUGUGGUUACCCUGAUUUGGCGAUAAAGAAGAUCAAAGAGCAAAUGAACAGGAAGAAAGCUAUUAGAAAAGAUAAAUCCAAGAUAGAUAAAGCACAAGAAAAGUCAAGAGGAGUGGUGACUGCCCCAUAUGUCCACUCAUUCACGGAGAAAAUACAACGUAUAUUCACUAAACACGGGGUAGCCACAGUGGUUAAACCUCAAACCACCCUCAGACAGGUUUUAGUUCACCCGAAGGACAAAGUUGAUGAGCGAAAAAAGGCUGGAGUGGUGUACAAAAUUCCAUGCAACCAAUGCGAAAAGGUAUACAUCGGUGAAACAGGGAGACAGCUGGGAACCAGGGUCACAGAACACAGAAAGGAAGCAGAAAAGAUCUCUGACAGAAAUUUCACAAGAUCCACGCGCAGAGCUUCUACCAAUGCGCACCCUAAAUCAGCUAUAACAGACCACGUCUGUCAGAACAAUCAUAUUAUGAAUUGGGAAGCAAGUGAAAUAGUUGAGCAGGAAAGCGACAAGUUUAAGGGAUGGAUCAAGGAAAGCAUAUGUAUAAGAUCGAACAGUCCUAUUAUGAACAUGGACAAGUGAUCUUUAGCUCCACACCAGAGUGACUCGUUUAUCGCAAUAGUUAAAACCUCCAGAAGCCUAUUUAAGGCUUCUGACACCUUUGACGAUUUCCAAGUUCUAAUAAAGAUGGCUGACAGUCAUCGAAACUGUCAGCAUAAUUAACUUUGAAACAAAGUCAGCAUAAUUAACUUUGAAAAACUGUUAGCUAAACAGGUUUUGAAAAACCACAAUUGCAAUCCGUUUUAAUCUUCUUCAAGUUCGUCCGUCCUCGCCUUCGUUUGUAUUUGCUGGGCUAUUCAUGCCUUCUUUUAAUGUUUGGAGCGGUUGUUUUCAAGUUUCUCUCAAUUUGAGGGCAGUUUCCACCGUUUGAAUUUCGAUAAAUUUCGUGACACAGCUUUUUUUGAGGCCUUUGUGUCGUGGUAAUAUUUGAAAAUGUACCUUUUGUUUUUUUUUCCAUUUAGUUGAUGGUGGAUACACGGAUUGGACCCCUUGGACAUCAUGCGGCAAGUCCUGCGAGGGAGGCACACGGGUCAGAAAUCGCUUUUGCACUAAUCCACCACCCUCCAAUAAUGGGCAACCCUGUUCAGGAGCAAGCUACCAAAAAGAAAAUUGUAACACCCAACCGUGCCCAGGUGAGUCACCAUGCUUUAAAGGGUUUUUCAAUUUUGGUAGUGCGCUUCUUUCGGUCAAAACAUCGAUGCCUAGUCAGCGGUCAGCCACCAGCGCCUCGUCAGCUAAUCAAUGACUUAAUAAUCUCAACAACCAAGAUUGAAUUUUUUCACAGUAAAUAAAUGAAUAGCACUUCUUUUAAAGACAAAUGAUGCGAAUUUUAGAAAAGACAAGGAAAGGAAAACCGCUUUCAAAGGGCACUAGUCGCGAUUCAUCCCCAUUUGUGUAAUACGCUUCCGAAACGCUUCGUCUUAUAUUAGUUGAGCAUUCAUAUACUCUCAAAAAGUGGUAGCAGCUUCAAAUUCCUUGUCAUGAAGUUCUAGUGAAAAGAACGUAAGAACAAAAUGGUAUAUGACAUAAUUAUGUGAUGCAUCUUUUCGUUCCCUCCAGUUGAUGGUGGCUGGUCAUCCUGGACAAAUUGGUCUCCCUGUUCUCGCACUUGUGGAGGCGGUUCACAAUACAGAAGCCGUCGUUGUGACAGCCCCAAUCCGCAGCACAACGGUCAACCUUGUACUGGGGAUGGCAUGGAAACCCGACAGUGUAAUAAUACGAAAUGCCCAGGUGGGAGAAUCAACCAGUGCAGUUUAUUAGUGGGGUACCCUAGGCGUCCUUACAGAGGGGAUGGUGAGAAAGAUAGAAAGAAAAAAAAAAUCUAAAACAAGGCAUCCCGAGUUUCAUGCCAAAAUUUUGAGGUUUUUUGAAAUUGCUAUACAGGGUGUUUCAAAGGUUCGUUCCGAUUUUUUCUUCGCUUAAAAUUCACUGAUUAUUAAAAAUACAGUUUUUAAAACUUAAGUAUGUUAUUUAUUAUUAAUUUAACAUUGAAUGUCUGAAAUAUUAGUAACAAAAAUGUCUUCCCUUAUGUUUUCUGACAUUUUGUAAGCGGUGAGGUAUACAAUGAACGAGCUCCCAAAGCGUGUCUAAAGACACACUUUUCCAGGCAAGGCGUAGUCACUGUCUAAGCUCGUCCAGUGUCUUUGGGGCCGGAUCUUUGUAUGUUGUAUAAUCAACGAUAAUCCAGAUGGUCUCUAGAGGGUUCACAUCACGUGAGUUUGCCGGCCGGUCGUCCUUUGCUAUAAAGUUCGUAAAUCCUUCUGACACCAUGUCCGCAUGUGGCCGCCUUUUUCUCUUCGAGGCUUUCCAACCUUUGUUGGUCAUAUAUCUUCAUACUGUUGUACUCGAAACUUUGAUAUUGUAAAGCUGAAUUUUUUUACCUUUCUGUCUUGAGAAUUAUGACGCAUAUACUUACAGCUUUUUCGAUAACAUUUCUCACACAUUUAAAAAACAACGGACAUCCACUCCUUGGUUUGUCUUCUAAAGUCGUUACUUUUGACCACUUGUUCACUUAUAUAACCUUCAGACUUCUUUAACAGUUUACCAAUUUCCUUGAUUGAAUGGCCAGAAAACCGUAAAAACAGAUGCCUGAGCUCUAGAGCUCUACAGCACAAACAGUGUACGCCUUCAUUUUCGUGAAGUAGUAGGGAAAUUAAAAGAAAGCGGCAAAAAAACGAAAAUAGAAAACCUACAAAAUGGGCAGGAAAAAUAUGGCGGGAAAAAACUCGCGUAGGUGCACAUCUGGGGCAAAACUUCAAAAAUAUUAUAAUCUAUUCAAAUCUUAGUUUAAAAUUGCUUUGAAAGGUUACGUAGAUGAAUUUCUUACCUGAAUCAGUGUACAUUUGCCUAGAGAAGCAUUAAAUGCUUUGCGCAAAAUACAAUGUACAAUCGGAACGAACUUUUGAAACACACCGUAGUAUCGGCAAUUUAACAAGAUUGCACCUUUUACAAUGACUGAGCGAUUUCUCGCUUCUUUUCUUUUUCUAUGGUCUGUAUUCUCAUUGACCAUAAAAAUGACGUCAAAACGUUCAAAACUUUUCGGUAAAACCACUCGAUCGCCUGCGGCUCGUAUUUCCAGUUGAGUUUGAACAUCUUGACGUCAUUUCUAUAGCUGAUAAGAGUAAAGACCAUGUAAAAUUGCUGAUCAAUUUUUAAGUUAUACUAUUUAGCAUUUUCAAAUCAAUAAAUAAAUACUAUUUAUUAACAGAGUUUUAUUAUGUUUGUACAGUUGAUGGAGGAUGGUCUUUGUGGCGUUAUGAGAAAUGCAGUGUUUCGUGUGGACAGGGAAAACAAAAUCGAACGCGUUCAUGUUCAAACCCACCCCCCUCCUCAGGUGGAGCUGAUUGUAAAGGCGAUGCCUGGGAAACGUUGGACUGCAACAGUGGACCCUGCCCGAGUAUGUUACCUUUUUGUUCGAAACUUAAACAUUCUAAAAGAAUUCUUACUUUGUAGCAAAAACUAUGAAUCUUAGUAAACCCUUAAGCCCGUUUAUUUGUCUCGAUAUUAUUUUUUCAGUCAAGUAAACUCAAAUUACCCGAUUUGGAAAAAUGUAGAGAAAUGGAUCGUUUUAACAUUAUCUCGUACUUCUCUGUGGCUCUAAAUACAGUGGAACCCCGUUAAUACGGUCGCCAAGGGGCCAACAAAAUUUGGCCGUAUUAAUAAGGGGGUUCAACCUUCGCUUGCGUUAGCGGACUGGGGCGAGUUUCAAGACAAACACCUUUUUGGCCGGGUAGAAUUAUCAAAAUCGCUAUGAAAAGCGUUAGGACUACAAAAGGGACCAUAAUUAAAUCUUUUUAGGCGAUCGGUGAAAGUCACCGCUCCCUUUCAAGUUGCAAUGUUAUGCGUACUAGGUGAUGCGCAGUACAAAAUCAGGGAAUUACCUUAAGCUUCAAAACUUCUUAAAAACCGGCAAAUGCAAAAGGCAUUUUGACCAGGACGGCUAUAGCUUGUUUCCAAGAACUUUUCCCUUUCCGAUUAUAAAUCUCCUGGGAUAUAAGCCCCUCCGUUUAUAAACGAGGAUGCAUUAAGCCAGGGCUAAUAAGCGACAGUUUAACUCUGAUAUUAGAUACAGUUUCUUUUGCCACUCGAGUCACAUAAGGCUAACUGCGCUGUAGGGUUAUACGAUGUAAGUUUAACAUUUACAUUAUUGACCAGCAUGUAAUUGGAAAUAUUGCACCAAGGGCACCAUCUUCAUUCGGCAAUUUUUUACAGAAACUAAUAACCAAAGCAAAUCACUAACUAAUAGUAUAUUCGCAUUUGCUGGGUGAUAAUUCGAUAUCGUGAGCGAUUUGAGAAAUUUCAUGGGAUUUAAGAUGAGCUCGUCAUGAAUCUUUGAACUUAGAUUUCACGAAUAUUUUACAACGCAAAAGAACUUAUCAAUUAACGUGAUUAACUUUAUAAUUUCUUUUAUUUCUUUAUUUAUUUGUUGUAAUUCCCGUGCCGAAGUGUAUUGAAAUUUUUCUAUUUCCGUAGUGUCCCCAAUUAGCUUGUAUGAGCUAAACACAUCGACACUUAAUUGAAUUUGUUAUGUUAUGUUAUGUUAGUUGCUAUGUUAGUGUAUAUUAAGAAUGUCUUUUUCAUUUCAUUUCCUCUUCAGCCCAACCACCGACGACAGCCGGUCCACCAGGUACAUUAUUAAAUGUUUUUUUUCUUUUCAAGGAGCUGUUUUCGAGGUUGACGCAGUAUAAAUUAAAUCGUGCUCCUGUCUAUGUAUAAUGUCGCUGACAAGUCUGUUUUAAGCUCGUCUGAUCACAAACACGCGCCUUCCUCCAUUUCCACACUAUAAGAUGCGAACUGUCUUUCUCCUGGGACCUAUAUAUAAUACCCGUUUACAUCAGUGUAUAUAUUUACGAACUUUUUCACUUUCCUUACAGCUACAACCACGCCGAGUCCAACUCCAGGUAAUAAUAAUGAUGAUGAGGAGGAGAUAAUAGUUAUGAUGAUAGUAGUAAUAAUGGUGGCGGCAAAUAAGUUGGCUUUACAAGCUUGGUCGAGGGUUUGAACUCUCACUACCAUGAACUAUUACAGCUGGCAGUCAGGGCGGGACUUAACUCGGCAGUCGGGGCCUUCUGAUUUCAACUCCAGUUGAGUUACUUUAGGGCUCAUAAGAAGUUUUUCCACUAUUGUGAACAUUCUGUUCAAAAUAGGUGUUCCGUCUUUGAGAUUUAAUGUAAUACCAAAAUAUCCUAAAAAUGCGGAUUGUAACUUGAAACAUCACUCGGCGUUGUAAUCGUAAGGAAAUGUAAGAACGAUUAUUGACCAAGUGUUAUUAUUGACCAUGUGUUUUCUAUCGGCAGUCUCGGUCGACAGUUGUACGAUUAAACUAGUUUACGAGUAAUUCGUGGUUUAAUUGGGUGGCUUUCUUUUUCCGGGUUCUUCUUCAAUGUGUAGUUAGAAAGAAAACGAUGCGAUCUUUUCGAGUUAUCAGCUUUCCACCUGUUCCGAGAUUCGUUGAAGUAAUUUUAACUACUUCUAUGUGAUUUUAACUGCGGUUUUUCUUUUUUUUGCUCCAGAUCCUAACGCAACACUGAUCGACUUAGUCUUUGCAUUAAGCGCGACUUCAAGUAAUUCAUUUCAAGCAUACAAUAAGAUGAAAGACACAGUGAAACAGUUCAUCGAUAAAUAUGGAGCAACUGCGAUACAUUACAGCAUCAUCGUCUACGGUGGGCAGGUCUUAAGGGUGGUGAAUUUUAAUCACACCUUCCCUCCUAGCGCAAAUGAGCUGAAGACUGCCAUAAGUAAUCAACGAUCGCUGUCUGGAGGCCCUGUUUUAAAAGACGCAUUGGACGAAACGUUCAGAAUUUUUAAUGAAACAAUUGGCCGUCCCAAGGCUCUGAAAGUUCUGGUUGUCAUAACAGAUAACAAUUCUGAAAACAAGAAGGACUCUUUGAGCGCGGCUGUAAAGCGUUUGGAGGAGCAGAUUUAUCCUAAAGGAGUGCUGGUGAUCUCGGUUGCAUUAGGAGCUGUGAAUAGGAGCGAACUUCUCGUUAUAUCACCUAAUCCUCUGGAUGUUUUAUCCGUUGGUACAGGCAUAAAUGCUGGAAUUUUGGCUGAACGUAUUAUGGAGAGGAUUCUAAGACGUAAGAUAUCAAAAGCGGGAAGGAAAUUGGGUUGAGAUAACGGAUGAAUUUAGAGUUUCUGGGAAACUGCCCACGUACCCCUCCCCUAACCCAGAAGUUAGUGUUAAUGUUGACUUAGGGGAGGGGUAGAUGGGCAGUUUCCCUGAAACCUAAAUUGAUUCACAACUUUCGCAGACUUCUGUCACUGUUACUAGGGACAGGGGUGGGGAUAGCCAAAAGCUGAUCGGUGCGUCUCCAUUAAUGAUCCCAGAAACAAUCGCAAGACACAUUUCGGUACCAAUCCCCUUUUCUUCGAAAUCGCCACUUGCGAAAGAUUAUCAUUAGAUCUCAUCGAUUGUAGCCCCUUCUGACACCUCAUUAAAUUUACACAACGUAGUUUUCCUCUUUACUAAUUAGGGUUAAGCACUGCCUUUACUGAUUAGGGUUAAGAACUGCCUUUAAAGAUCAGGGUUACGCACUGCCUUUACUGAUUAGGGUUAAGCACUGUUUUGAAACUGGUUAGGUUCUUUUUUGGGGUUGGGGUUGGGGUUGAUGCCUAUAUAUACUUAAAUUAUUUCAUCUCCGCCCAGCAAAUCGUCAGUAGCCUAGUGGUCAGCAUAGUAUACGGGACCAUCUGGGUCGUGGGUUCGAAUCUUACUGUGCAUGUCUUUCUUAUCGUUUUUUUUUUCUUUCAAAUUGAAGAGACUUGCACUUUCAUGAACAUUUGCGGCUUGAAAUAUCAUCUAAGUGUGAUAAAAGCAGAAAACAGUUCUAACUUGUGUAACUUUUAUGAGGGGAGAAAGGGGCUACGGUCGAUGAGAUCUAAUGCUGACCCUUAUGAAACCAGUUAACAUUUGUGAAGACUUCUGGGACUGUAACAGGGACAUGACUCCGAGGCUUUAGGGUAAAAAAAGUUGUAUCACGUUGUAUCUGACAAUUUGUGAGAAGUGCCGGUUGAACACAUAUCCAAAUCAAAAAAAAAAACUGACUGUAUUCGUAUGCGUGUGCUCUUGCUAUGCCUUACUAUUCAUGACAUUAUUUCCCUCUUAUAUUACAGUGAGCACUCCCAUUGUCGACCUUGGAUUCGCCUUAAGCGCCACCUCAGCCGAUUCCAAUGUGAUUUUCAUGCUGAUGAAAAGUGUAAUAAACACAAUUAUCGACCGCUAUGGUGUAGACAAAGUGGGAUUCAGCGUCAUAGUUUACGGAAACGUUGCCACCACAAGGCUGUCCGAGUUCAAUUUAAACUUCACCCAGGAUGACCUUAUUAAAGCAGUGAAAGAUCUCCGCCGAGUUGUGGGACCUGUUGACCUAGAAAAAGCCCUGAAGGAAGCUAGAAAUCUGUUUAACGCUAAAGCAAGACCUGGAGCUAAGAAGGUGUUUGUUGUACUUACCGACGCUGUUGCUAGAAACGGAGACCGAGCUCUCUUAGUGGAAACAGCUCGAUUGAGAAGAGAAGGCGUUCUUAUUUUGUCCGUUGGAUUUGGUACCCAAUCUGAUCGAAUAGGAGGACAGAUGAAUACGGUACUUUUCAGUCCAGAUGAUUACAUAAGCGUGCCUAAGUACUUCGCAGCAAGAAGAGUUGCUAUAGCUGAGACCAUAAUGUUUAAGGCACUGCAAGGUAUGUUUAUUACUUAAACACGUACCGUAAACUGCUGCUUAUGAGCCCCCCCCCCAACUAUAAACCCCCGAGUUACAUAGGCCCACCUACUUGUAAACAAUAACAAAAUAAGCCCCCGCCGAAUAUAAGCCCCCUCCUAAUGCAUUGAAAAUUUACGGCAUGACAUAAUAUGACAUUAUAUGUAUACAUGUAUGCGAUAUGACAUCACAUUAUAUCAGUUAAAAACGCCACUCAGUACUCCUAAAGUUUCGAACUCCCACUUGGCACCACGAAGGCUGCAACUGGCCAUGACAAGCGCGUGAGCGAACAGCUGGACUCUACUGUUCCCUAUUUACCGUUGAAGGGAGUAAUUGAACAACUAUGAAAUAGUUUUACCUUUUCGUGUUUGUCAGAACGCAUCCUAAUCUCGUGUUCCUGUGGCACUAAGGCAGAAAUUUUUGAGUUAUCACGGGCGACUGCAAAUUAGCCGCCCCUAUUAAUUUUAUCAGGGCAUCUCGGCCGGGAAACUGGACUCCUUUCCACUCGAUUUCGUUUCCGUAAGUCGUGACGAACGAGGAUUCGUAAUUAAUGAUCACCUUUAGUUGUUAAACUAUCUAGAGUUUCUUAUUUUUUGCAGCUAAUGUUCCCCUGAUCGACCUGACCUUUGCUCUUAGCGCUACCUCAGUUUCAGCCAAAAGCUCUUACAUUUUGAUGAAGCGAACAGUGCAGAGUAUCGUCGAGAAAUACGGUGUUAACAGAAUCCAUUAUAGUGUCAUCGUCUUUGGAUCGGUUGCCGUAAGUCACAUAGAGUUCUCCACAUCUAUUCCGGACCGAGACGAAUUAAUCCGUAAAGUGGUUCGACUGCCAAAGAGUACGGACAGCCCCGACCUGAUCAAAGCGCUUGAAAAAGCAAAACAAGUGUUUGAGUUACAAGAAGUACGACCAAACGCCAAAAAGGUUCUUGUUGUGAUUCUGGACAACGCAUCCACCAGCAACAAAAAAGAGCUGAAGAAAGCGGUACAUGUGCUGGUUAACAAGAGUGUUUUAAUAAUCGGUGUCGGAGUAGGAUCAGCUGUUGACCCGGAGCAGUUAGAAAUUAUCACUGAAGAGAUUAGGAACGUAAUCAGAGUUGGAACAGACAAAAACCCAGAUGAGCUGGCAAAAGAAAUCAUGGCAAUAAUUUUAAGAAGUAAGUUUCUUUGUCGUAUUCAUUCCCUCCUUCCUUCCUGACCCUUCCCAAUCCCCUUCAUUCCUCAUUAUUCAUUCUUUUACUCGUCUAUUUAUCCAUUCGUUGAUGUUUUUUUUUUUACAUCUUUUGUGAUACAUCAGGGGCACCCAACGAGAAUAUAGUUCAAAACCACUUAAACAUAGCAUUGUUAAACGUAUUUUAGUAUUUAAACGGUAGAUAUAGGCAUAUUUUUAUCCCCUAAAAAUUUUUCAUCUGUUCAGCUGAAAGUCUCGAGAUCCGAAAAUCAUAGGGAUCAAAACUUACCUUUUCGAAAAUUUCAGCCAGAAAAAAGGCACCCGAAAAUUCUAGGUAAGCUUUUUAGGGUAAAAAUCCGUUAAAAAUGGGCAAUUACACCAAUUUUUAGAUGUUCGAAAAUCCUAGGAGAGGUAGGCAAGCAAGAAAUUUUACAACAAAUGUUCCGAAAAUUCUAGAUCUAAAAUCGUCUUCGGAACAGAUAUUCUUCCGAAAAUUGUCGUUGGGUGCCCCUGAUACAUGUAUCUCUCCUCACGAGAUAUUUUCCUUUUUAGCUUCUGGUUUCUCGGAAUGGACGUCAUGGAGCGCAUGCUCAAGAACAUGCCAAUAUCUUGGUGUGGAUGGAACAAGAAAACGCACGCGAUUCUGUAGAAUCCCAGAAUUAGGAUGUGUUGGCCGUCAAAUUGAAACGAAAGAAUGCAACAUCAGGCAGUGUGAAGGCAAGUUUCACAAUAUAAUCAUUUGUUAACUGUGUCAUUGGGUUCCAUUCGGCGUUUUUCUUCGGUCAACGAAAUAGGCCCUUUGCUGCUAGUCAUUCACGUGGUACAAAACCGCCAUGUUGGAGAGCAAGGGAGACGCUGAGACAAGACAACCAAAGAGCUUGCAACAUUUAAAUUGUCAAUUAGACUAGUUCGCUUUAGCAGUGAGACUAAAAAUGUAAGCAUUUUUUUCUUUUCGAGUGUGUCUGUGCUCUCCUCAAGGGGAAUCAUGGUCCCGUGUGUUCCUAGUGGAGACCGUCGAAACUGGGAAUAAGACUCGCGAUGUGUCAAAGCGCCAUAUUAUUGUUUUGUGAAGAAACCUUAAGAAAGAUUAAUGCGAAAGAUGUCGAGUUUUCCGGAAAGGGUCGGUUCACGAAUUUUAUCGCUAGAAAGCGUUGAUUACUUAGGAACAAGUGAAUACUUCAGUGGUCGAGAAAAAGAAGAAUCUUUACGAGCAAACCUUCGAUGGUGAGGCGUUGGAAACUUUCAUUGUAUGCAAAUGAGUCUUGUGAUGGUCAUGCGGUUUAUUUCCGGCUAUGACUGAAAUGACAAGCCAUAUUCAUCACGUUUUUGCUCUGUAAUUUCUCUCGAAUCGAGGCCCUUUGAUUUUCGUGUAUUUAUACGCGCGGACUGAAACAAUUCAGAAACAAAUCGUCCAAUACGAUAUAAAAUUAAAAAGUAAAUAUCCUGGAAAAUACUCUACCGUCGAUAAAGAAGGACCUGAAAAACUUUUAGCGAGGAAAUCCUGUUUCGUGCAGAAUUAAUCGCCUUCUCAUUUCUUAUCUAAUCUCCAAGCAAGCGAGACUAAACUCUUAUAAAAGCGCUGUUGUUUCCUUUCUUAAUUUCCCUUCGAAAUUUCCAGCGUGGCAAUUUUGUAUCACGUGAAUAAUAAAAAUAGGGGCAUUUGUCUAAAUUAGAAAAUCUUGCUCUCAGAUUCCAAAAAAAAUGUUGCGGGAGGAAUUUGCAGCUCAGCUAAAAUCAUCUCUGUUUUGUUUACAGGCUGUGGAGAGAAAGGCCCACUAAAUGAUUCCAAUUACCGGGCCUCCAGCGCCUUUGCACCUGCCCGAAACGCUGCACUCGACACUUCUAACCCUAGUGCUUCUCGGGUAGCCUGGUGUCUACGACAAGACGAUGUCGGUGGUUAUCUGGAACUUAAUUUAGGUACAAUGUAAUUACGUUACCGCACAGUUGUAUGACAGGUUUGGUGCACAUUAUAUUGCCAAUAUUUAUAACAAGGACUUGAACUUACCUAUGCUUAGGUGUUGCAAUUAAUAAACUAAGCUUCGUUUUAAGUGGAGUAUGACCAAUAAGCACUAUCGUCGUCCUCUAGUUGACGGCCAUUCUUUGCAGUGCAAAAAUUUAAUGAACGACAUUUUCAGUUUACAUAGGAUGUUGCUAUUUCACGAGGGUAAAAUAAAUUAGAGCUUAAGACGGAAUCCAUUAAGAAAAUUGAGUAAUUUUAAUUUUCAGUGGACAAAAACCUUGUACCAGAAUUUCAAGCAUAACGCAUUCGUUAUUUGCGAGGGCUAUAAAUGUAAUAAGUUAUGUGAAAUAAAUCCAAAGAAAAAGUUCUUAUGGGAGCCCUGGGAAAAAAAAUUCAAAGGCUUCAAACUUCACUAAAUGAAAUCUUACGCAUGACGAAUUUACCUGUGUUUUCUCAAUUCCUGUGAAAUUUGAAAUUUAUUUUCUCGGGCUCCCAUAAGAAAUUGUCUUUGGUGUUAUUACAGAUGAAUAACUACAUCUAUAGCCUUCAACGGUGUAAAAAAGAAUGCGAUGUGGCCUAAAAUAUUCAGGUACAAGGUUUUUGUCCACUGAAAAUUAAAAUUACUCAAUUUUCUGAUGGAUUCCGUCUUAAAUACCUUUUCCUGUCCCAUCCAGGCACUUGACAUUUGUUUAUAGGCUUGAGAAUUGAGGAGAAAUACGUCAUGUAACUAACUUAUCUACAACCAUGGACGCUUUGCAUCGUUUGUUCGGGGGUAGAGACGAUGUUUAGGUUUUUAAGCUCUUUUCUGCCACAUUGAUUUACCUGAGUUGUUUUUUCAACGUGACAGGGGAAACGAUGAGGGUCUAUCGUGUCGCCACAAAAGGCCAAGAAGAAGGAGGUAGUAACUGGGUCACUAGCUACUACCUGGCGUUUAGCUCAGAUGGUUUAAUUUAUUCUAACUACACUCAAGGGCAAAACAGAGCUAGGGUAAGUGUUAUACUCAACACAGUGGCAUUAGGACAUACUUGUUUACUGUGCUGAAAAAAAAAGUACUGGGUUAUAAAUAAAAUGUUUUAUUAGUAUUAGAAUUUCGACUGGUAAAUGACAAUGUGAACUGAAAAAACAAAGGAGUUUUAUGGCGUCUUUUAAAAAGGCCUAUGGAGCAUCUGACCAUAGCUAACUAACUUUUUUAGGAAACAGAGUUCAAGAUUUUUGUCUUUUUCUUGUUUUGUUUUGUUUUGUUUUUUCUUAAUUUUGAGGCCAUUAUCAUUUUCAGUUAUUAACUGGCAACAACGGUCCUACUUCUGUUGCCUUUAACAACCUCAACGCGACAGAUCCAGUCCAAUAUGUUCGAUUCUUUCCGGUAUCGUUUCAAGGACGCCCCUGCAUGCAGGCCGCAGUAUUCGGAUGUAACGCUGCACGUGAGUAAACAACAUACAUUAUUUUUUUAUUCCUGGCGCUCAUAUAUGAUCAAGCGCAUCGAAAAAAGGCCCCCAUACGUAAAAAAAAACAAAAACAAUUUAAAGGAAAACAGUAACAGGAGCACUGAAAUCUGUAGUAUACUUUCGCCCCAAUUAAGGGGAAAUCCGGCAAGUUAUUGCUUGUGGAAACCGGAAUCCUGAGCUUUGAAAUCCGGAAUUCAGCCCAAGUUCCAUACAAAAGGACCAGAAAUUUCUUACACGAGGCCAAUCCUUGGCUGAUCUGCAGUGUUAAUCCAUUCGCUCCUGGAGAUUUUGCCGAAAACACGUUUUCAAGCUAGUCGAGUGGUUUUCUGGUCACUGUCGUGCUAUAAAGAGCUAAAACUUACCACAAACCGGUUUACAGGUCGUACACUUCGCGACCUUCUGAUCAAGAUGCAAAAUAUCAGCUUGCGAAGUUCGGGCAUGCGCAGAAAGCAAAAUUUCGAGAUUUUGGGUUUAAAAGUGACACAGCAGUCUUGACUUUUAUUUUUCGCUUUCUCUCCUCCCUUCUUUUUUCGCUUUUCUUGCGUCAUUUUUUUUUUGGCUCUUGCUGGGCAUUUAGUAGGCUUCAUUUUGGUGGGAAGAGUUUUUAGGAAAGCUUUUAGGAUCUUAGGAUUAGGUGAAAGGAAAGGUAGGUGGGCAAUAGAACAAGAUUUUCAUGGAGAUUCAGGUCAAUGUCACGUGGUUUUUUGCUUCUUUCUCCGGUGUCCUUGACUGAAUUGUGCUCAUUCUGGUAUGGUUUGAAAGAUCUCUUCACUCUGCACAAGUUAGCGAAGAAAGUUGUCCUUGACCGUUAAAACUGAUGACGUCACAAAGGGUAGAAAGGACCUGGAUUGGCACGGGCGGUUACGGGCGGUUCAGGGGCGAAUGGGUUAAGUACCAAGUAACCUCAUUACUAAUGUUAUCUUCGCCAAUCAGCAUUUCGAGUCGACUUUUUCGAUGCAGAUAUUCAAAUUUCAGAGACGUAAUUGCAAGCUCUCCUUCCUUUUGCCGCCCCGCCGCCAGAGCGCCCCGGAGAGCUCGCUCGCACGCUAAAGAGGUAUUGGACGUGAAUGCAUUGCUUCUUUUGCUGGCUAUACCUUACCCCUCACCCCCACCCCCCUUGCGUGUCAUGUUAUAUACUUACACCUCUGGUGUACGUCGCAACUUUGCGUUUCUGUGGAAAUCUAUGCCAUUAUCUAAAGUGCUGGCCUAGAUGAACGGCAAUUAAAAAAUUAACCGAUAAAUCGUAUUUAUCAAAACAGCACUAAAAGUUGUGGCUCUUCCCAACUGAGAAAAAAAGUGCAGAAACGUUAGAGCUUUGAUAACAGCUACCCAAGAUAAGUAGCCUGCGAAAACAUCCGUUUCUCCUCGCUCUUCGCCGCUGGGGACGUUUCGCGCGCAGGAACGUCUGCGACUCAGCGGCACAAAUUCCAUACUGAUGACGCAAAUCAAUGUUUACAUAAUAAAUCCGGUCAUGGGGUUCCAAACACAAAUUUGCCCAAUUUUACGUGUCUUCUGGUCGAUUUUGGUAAAGUGUUGUGUUCGUCUGCGAACGAGCUCCAGCAAAACUCAAACGCUUCUUCUAGAGAAGAGUAUAUUCCACAAAUAUUGACUGUUUUGCUAGAGAUUCUUCGCGUUUACAUUUGACCUUUGUGGCCUUUUGUCUUUUGUCUGUCAUUCGCAAACAAUAGCUAAAACAAUGUAACUACUCCGUCGACCAAUCAGCGCUUCUGACCGGAUUCCGGACAGAUUUUACGUCAUCAGUAUGGAAUUUCUGUCGCUGAGUCGCAGACGUUCCUCCGCGCGAAACGUCCCCAGCGGCGAAGAGCGAGGAGAAACGGAUGUUUUCGCAGGCUACAAGAUAAGGGGCGACAACAUGCCAAAAGAUUGAGAGAAGAAAGAUGUGAAUUCUAGUAGAAAAUAAUAAUAGUAAUAAUAAUAAUAAUAAUAAUAAUAAUAAUAAUAAUAAUGAUGAUGAUGAUGAUGAUGAUGAUGAUAAUGAUAAUGAUGAUGAUAGUAUUAAUAACAAUAAUAAUAUAUUUUUCCAUCUAUUAUUUCCAGUAAUAGUACCACCAGCAGUUCAACAGGCCGUUGGCGGUGAUGCGGGCCGUGGAGUGCGUAAGUACAAGCAGCUGCUAUUUCAAUUUUUUGUUUCUUCAGUAAACCAAAUUAUCGCAUUUUAAAACAAGGUAAAUUCUUCAACGAUUGCCGCAUAUAGGAUAAUCAACUAACGGCACAUUCUGAUGUACCUCUUGUUAAAAAUAAAAAUAAAAAAAUGAAAAUAAAAUGAAAUAAUACUUCAUUAUCCUAUCCCCUUAUGGCGCUUGUCAGAAAUAAUGGACCAUUUCAUUCAAGUGGUACAUAAUGUGGUUAAGAAUCCCAACUGGCAGGAGGCAAACCAGUUGGCUAUUUACAAGCGUGGGCGAUUAUUUGAACACUGGAAAACCACGAAAAAUUCCAGCUAGCGGUCAGGGCGGGACUUGAACUCGCGACCUUCGGAUUACAAGUCCAGCGCUCUAAUCACUCGACCACGCUGCCUCGAACUCAUCGUGUUGUUACUUGUCAUCCAUUAAGUUGCCUCCCUGCGAAGCAGUUUAGCAUAGCAGUCAUUUCAUCGUCAGCCAUCUUAAAUGUUCGUGAAAAGGAAAAAUGUUUCACUUCGUUUUUUGUCUCCCAAGACGUUUUAUGGAAAACUACAGGAGCCCAGCUAUCAUCUUCUAAACCCGGAUCUAUCUUUAGGAUAAUAAACACAAAAUUUCUGUUGUUACGUUUCGACGUUUCGUGAAGAGCUAGAAAAAUAUGCGAAAGGACCGUUUCCGUGGUUACGGUCCAUACUUUGAAAUCCUGACCAUAAAACAGCCAAUCAGAGAUCUUCAUUGAGCCUUGAGAAUUGCUUGCCAUAUAAUAAUCAUGACCGUUAUUUUGCUUUUUCAGUAAUUGCACUCUGGAUAUUGGCUGGAAUAUUGACUUUCCUUCUUCUUAUGGCCUGUUGUUAUUACUGCUGCUGGCACGUAUGCUGUGGAAGGUAUGUGAAGAAAAUGUGAUCAAUUGAGGUUUUUGAUUAUCUGACGACCUACCCCUCCCUUUAGUCAAAAUUAACAAUUACUUCUCACUUGGGUCAAAAUUGUGACUUAGGGGAGGGCUAGGUGGGCAGUUUCCCAGAAACCUCAACUGAUCCAAAAAAUGUACCGUGGGUGGGGAGAGAGAAGGGGAAAAUGUCUUUGCACAAACCUUGUCCGAAUAGGUUCCCAUUAAAAAUUUCCCUCGACUUCCACUUCCAGUGACAGCAUCAAAUACGAAAAUCCAAAGUUUUCUCAACCCCCUCCCCCCCGGGGAGAGAGGAGUGUUAAGAGGUUUAACCUCGCAGCGGAGUGCCGUGUAUAAAACUUUGUUGAGUAGCCCCCCUAUAUCUAUCCCACUCAGAUCAACAAAAAAGGUUUUACCCACUCAGGCCUAGGCCAAACGUCGAACUUCCCAUGAGACGAACCAAGCUCUAAUUUGAGUCGACCUAAAUUAAGUUAAGAUCGUCUGUUGGGUCAGACUUCGAACUGACGACAGGUCCAACCAAUCAACUGAAUCAGAUCAAUAGUAAAUUAUCAGAUCAAUCUUGCCCGCCUACCCCUCCCCUAAGCUAACAUUAACACUUACUUCUCACUUAGGGCAAUAUGAUGGCUUAGGGGAGGGGUAGGUGGGCAGUUUCCCAGAAACCUAAAUUGAUUGAUCCAGAAAUUUACUACUGAAGGAGGAUCAUACAAAUUUUUAAGUUGUUAGUUUAGUUCGUCGCAUGUGAAGAUUGACCUUUCUCGCGUAGACGAUCUUCAGACGUUCCGUCCGUCUGAAGCAGAACGGAACGGAUAGAACGUGUUGGACGAUCCAAACUCAUUCAGUCGAACUUAACUGAGCCAGACGUCGAACUUUUCAUGAACUUCACUCGGUAACUUCGGUUGCUCUCAUGAAAAGUUCGACAUUUGGCCUAAGACUCAUUCUGCGUGUACAUCCGAAGGUUAGGAUGCAACCUAUAGUGACGAAUAACAUGUUUACUCACUACAUAGGGGCAAAAAGAGAAGAGGUUUUGCCUUUAAAGAAACGGUCUCUGACGAAGGCGGAUAUCUUAUUGAACAAGACCAAAGAUGGAAGGUUCCUCCAACAGCCAUGGUGACAAGACCCGCGGAAGAUGAAGUUCAGGAGAUAACCAUAGAGAUGAAAGAGGAGAACAAACCAUUUGGUACGCGGAGAGAGCUUCUUUCUUGUUUCUCCCCUGUGUCAUUAAACUAACCUCAAUUUUCCAGUCUUAAACUUGGCAAAUCCCACAUACAAUUCCCCCCUUUCAACACCCCCAGCAAGGGCAAGUGCUCUGCAAGCCGCUGUUUAAGACAUGCAAAGAGUAUUGUCACCAUGACAUAUACAUCUCCUUAGCUAAUUUUCGGCUUUUACCACUUUGUUUUAGGAGUAAUCCAGUUCGGUAUUGAAGCCGACGAGACACAAGAAAGACACGUGACCGCGGAGGAUGUAAAAUCAGAGACGCCAAAAUAUUCGGAAGAAAUCGGUACAAUAAAGAGUGGAGCUAGUAUGAUGACAAUGAGCAGCGCGUCCGAUGCCGGAUACGCAUCAACAGAGAGGAGAAAGCGAACCAAGAGUGACUCAGCAGCCUCCGCUGGUGGCACCGGAGGAGCAGAGUUUUCAUUCAAGGAGGAAAAUGUACAGGGAUCAGAUUUUACCAAUCAAGGAUAUAUGAGGUUUGUAGCCUGUCCACUUGCGCUUGCGGUCAAUAAAUCCCCGUCGGUUUUUAUUUUCAUACGCGCGCUCGACGAUCUCUUAAGGUUGAUUUCCACUGACGCGUUUUUGGCUACGUACGUUAACGCACGUAAAUUUUAAUCACGUAAAAAAAAAAAUAGAGGCAAGAUAAAAAGUGCUGAGCUUAAGCGAGGAGUUGAGCGAGGUUCAUCUUUUACGCUUACGAGAGACCUUUCAUUCAUUGUCUCUAUUUUAUUUGCGAACGCAAAUUUUACGCACGUACGCACGUAAAAAUUACGCGGCAAUGGAAAUCAACCCUAAUGGUGGAUUUCCAUUGCUGCGUAAUUUUCACGUGCGUACGAUCGUAAAUUUUACGCGCGUAGAUAAAAUAGUGGCAACGUGUGGAAGGUCGCGCGUAAACGUAAAACUUGAACCUGGCUCAACUUUUACGUUUACGUGCGACCUUUCAUACAUCGCAUCUACUUUAUUAAGGCGCGUAAAAUGUACGUGAGUACGCACGUGAAAAUAACACAACAGUGGAAAUCAUCCUUGAAUAAAAUAAAAGCACUGUAUGAAGGGUGGCGAGUAAACAUGAAAGUUGAACCUCACUAAACGUUUUCGUUUGCGCACAACUCUCCAUGCAUCGCCUCUCUUUUAUUUACGCGCGUACAAAAAGAAAUCCACUUUCAAGAGAAAAUAAGGCUUCUGUGGGCAGGCUAUGAGGUUUGAGUUUUUUUUAUGACGCGUUAUCGUCAAUAUUAUAGUUUGCAUGUACACUAGAUUUUCCGAGAUUUGCUAUUGAACUAUUCAUUCUAAGUUGGAUGGUUAGCAAUGCCGCAGUUAAGGUUUCCACAGGUUGCCUAUAAAGCGUUUUCAAGUGACGUCACGUCAGCCAUGUUGGUGUCCCAAACCAAUCCUGUAGUCCUGAAUUCAGUUGAGAAAUGUAAAUUAACCAAGGUUAAUAGGAGCUGCUUAGGCUAUCUUUGUUUUGACUUAAAUGUCUUGGUGACAACUUUUUAUUUUUUGGCAGGUCACAAGAAUACCUAGCCGAACAACGUCAGUCAACGCCGGUUCGCGCCACUGGGCAAGGAUUGAGGCGUUCCCAAAGCGUAGACGUAUUUGCCAAUGUUGAUUACGACAUGCUUAAAGACCGUCGUCGAUCCUCCCAGCCUGUGCAGACGACACGUGAUGGUUACGCGAGGAUGCAAGAAGAGAGCGGUGAAUUUCUGCACGGGGCUGAUGAAGGUUAUGCGAUGGGAACUGUUGAUGUGGCUAUAGCUGGGAUAGGAUUCUCGGGUGGAUCCAGGUUAGGAGCUGAGCCAAUAUACGAUAUGCCGGAACAGGAGCUCGGCUUUAUAGCAGAUAACGGAGGGCGCAAUGUGUACACCCUUGAUAACGGCGGAUACCGUACGGAAGAGUGGUAUACCAGAGGAGGUCGCGGCCCAGGUCAGUUGAGAGAAGAAGGAUUCAAGGAAAUUCACGUGGAGCAUAAGCCGAUCUAUACUGAGAUGACGUUUGGUGAAGAGGUAAAUAAACUUACAAUCGUUCUUUAUCAGUCCUUUUGAUUUGAGGGCUUAAGCGUAUUAAGUUUAGGUUGAACUUGAUAAUCCUUCAAGCAGGCCAAGGUAAGCAUUCGUCUGGCAGGGAUACUGAAAAUCCUCGAGGAUAAGGUUCCGGUUGUUGCAAGCCCCUUCUAUCUAUGUUCGUUGUUUUAACCCCGUGUUAAGCGUGGUGAAGAUUUUUUCAUUAACUUAUGUUGUUCUAGUGUUUUUUAUUGAAUACAAUCUUCGUCAACAUCGUAAUGUUUCCUGAACUGUAAUUCAUGAAGUAAAAUGAAGUAAUUCCUAAACUCCCGGUAAUCAUAAUCAACUUAUUAAACAAUUGAAAAAAAAAUUCCUUGACGCAACUUCUUACUUCUUGUUCUUCACCCUUGUAUCCCGUUAAUUAAUGAUCAAUUUAAUUGUUUUAAAAAGUGUAUCGAAUAUUUGUUUUUACGUGGCGUUAUUUAAUGACUAUUUAAUGAUUUUUGUUUUCUUUUUGCAGGAAUUUAUGCCCCGGCGGGUAUAAACAAAUUGUCCCUUAGCAUGAAUUACAAAGAUAGAAUGAUACAAUCUUAGCUCUUAAUUUUGCUGUUUAUUAUGCCAGAGUGGAGAGAUAUCACGAUCUCGGCGAUAUACUCUAGACGAUCUAUUAGGGACUACUUGUAAAUAAGUCCAAUGUUUGCUAUUUCCAAGAAAAAAAACUUUUUCUUAAUCUUCAUCUUAGUCUCAAUACCUUGAGUAGGUUAAGCGGCAAGAGGUGAUUUUUGAGCAGCUUGACCAUAUUAAAGACAGUCGAGUAGAAUCGUUGAAUUUUUUAAGCGCGGUUACAUAUGUAGAUCGUUUUUAAUUACAGCUUUCAACACAUGAUUUGCUUAGAAGACUAGAGCUUCAAUAAGAGCUCUAGACAAAACCAACCAAACAAAAAAUAUUCAAAAGUUGCUGAACUUUACAAGCGAUUUCUAAUGUAUCGUUCAAUGAAUGAAUUCAUGAAUUCAGCAAUCUGUAGCUUGAAGUUCUCAAGUGAUGGCUUGUACAACAAACCUACGUUGUUGUAUAAACAUGGUCGAUCAAAUCGACCUAAGCCUGCUGUCUUUGCAUCGCAGAAAGUAGACCUUUAGUUUAUUGUUAGAAUUGAGUGAAAAUAUGAGUGUUUUUCGCUUUAUGCAUUUUUUUUAUCACAACUAUACUGGCUAGAGGGCUCAACAGAGUGGUCAAAGAAAACUACAUAAUUAUACGUCG